AUGUUCGAAGUCGCUAUCGUAGACUUCUCUGAGGAUGCUCGCUGGUUGUUCCUCACUGAAUCGGUAUCCGACCUCCUAGGCUUUGAACCCCGCGAGCUUAUAGGCCGCCCUGGUUUUGAGCUUGUACAUCCCGACGAGUUCUCUCAGGUAAAGCAGAUGCACUAUGACACCAUCUGCGAAGACAAAGCCGCUGCCCUCGCAUACCUCCGAUUAAAGCAUAAAGAUCCCUUCAAAGGAUAUAUUCUUUGCGCGUUUUCUCGGACCGUUGUGCACAACGUUGUGGUUGGCAGCAUAUCAUUUGCCACACCAGGCGGAAAGGCGCUCCAAAAUGCAUCUACUGCGCAAGAAGUCGAGGUCAUCACACCUUCUGCGAAGAACUUCGAGCUUAGGUCGUCAGCGGUGGUGCGAUUCAUCACCGAUGUCGUCAAGUCCUAUAUACGACCUCUCUUCAGCCGGCUGCCUAGCCCAUUCAUAGACACGGACACUAGUGAUGCGUCAUCCGACCGCAGCCGAGGCAAGAAACCAGCAAUAAUUAGUUUUAGUCCGCUGCCCUCCCAGUCCACAAGAUCGGCACUCAUCCUUGACCGCUUCUCGAUUCAUUGCACGGUCCUUUACUGUUCCAACGAUCUUCUCCUCUCGACUACCAAGGUCUUGGGUCGGAGUUUCUUCGACUUUGUCACUAGUCGCACGGAAAAUAGUGUGCGCAGCUGGAUCGAUGUUAUCAAAUCAUGGGGCGUCAACGAGCGAGGGCAACCGAGCGACGGGGGAUUUGGUUUUGGUAAAUUUGUGCUAUUACUUUCUGGCAGAGAUUCACGGGGUGAAAAUGAACAAGAUCCGCCGCUAUCACGGCGCCGAGAUGCAAGAAUCAACUCCCGAAUGCCGUCAAGCCCACGUUUCGCUUCUCAUUCUCCUGGGACUUCCCGCCCACGACAGUCUUCGACACCUUCGACCACUUUUGAUCAGGAAAUUGCUGUUGACGCUAUUUUCUCUGCGCAUUCGGAUGGAAUAUUACUGAUACUUCGUGCAACUUCACAAGUAUGA